AACAGAGUUAACAGCCUAAAGACAUCACAUCCAGGAUUAAAAACAAUACUUUCAGUCGGAGGCUGGAAUAUGGGAUCUAUGCCAUUUGUCAAUGCUGUUGUCACCAAAGGAACACGCAGUGCUUUCAUUGGAACAGCCAUAAAUUUUCUACGCCGCAAUAAUUUUGAUGGCUUAGAUAUUUGCUGGCAAUAUCCUACAUCAAGAGGAAGUACUGACGUCGAUAAAGAAAGAUUUUCACUGUUACUCAAGCUCAUUGGCGUUGUUGUGGGCUCAGAAGCUCGUUUGAUUGACAGAGCUUAUGAUAUUGGUACAUUAAACACAUCAGUAGAUGUGGUUUCCCUGUUAACCUAUGAUUUCUAUACACCUGGAACCUUCAAGCAUGCAGCUCAUACAAGUGCCCUCUAUGCAGGAAAUCAUUCAGUAGGACCUGAUAUCAUGAAAAAUGUUGUAUGUCAGAUGAUGAGUAGAUCAACGAAAUAUUACAUACAAGAUAAAGGCGUUCCUUACCUAGUUGAUGGAUACCAGUGGGUCGGAUAUGAAGAUGAACGUAGCGUUGCUUUGAAGGCGAAGUUUGCUCUUGACAAUAAAUUUGGUGGUGUCAUGCUGUGGGCUUUUGACGUAGAUGACUUCAAAGGAAUAUGUAACACUCAAAAAGUUUACCCACUUUUAAAUAGCGUGAACAAAGUGCUUAAAGGAGGAUCGUAAGUAUACAUCUUUUCUUGAUUAACUGAUA